AUGGAUUACGGCUCGAAAGGCUCGGUGAGCCCAGCUGCUGCUGGCAACCCACAUAUACGGAUCCCCAAUAUGAAACCUCAAGCGAUGGCUUCAGCAACAACCAAUGUGCUAGGGCUCCUGCACGACAACUUGCUACCAUCUCUGAACUUGCACUCAUCUCUUGCGCUUGUCGCCUACACUGCCAGUCGUGUGACUCGUCGCGUCGAACUCAAGGACUGGCUAUGGCCUUCAGGAAUGGUGCUCAAUGCUUGGUAUCACGGAGUUUGGUCACGCAGCGCAGAAACCGGACUUAGUCUCAGUGAAUCACUAUCAACCCUUGGCUGGACGCAGAAGCUUCUUCUUGGUGGUGUUACGCUUUGGGGUGCUCGCCUGUUUGCCCGCAUCGCUACUCGCAGUGUCAAGCGUGGAAAGGACGAUCCCAGAUACGACGGCAUGAACCAGGAUACCAGCUUCUGGAAUAAAGCCUUCUUCACUGUCUUUUUACCCGAGGCAGUUUUCCAAGCACUCAUCUCGCUCUCAUGGUCCGUAGCUUUGCAGCAGGGUACCAUUGGAAGCAUUGAAGCCACGCCUCCGCAAUACGGUGCCCUACUGCAUGGACUUGCAAUCGGACUCUACACCACUGGUCUUAACAUGGAAGCUCUGGCCGACCAGCAGCUCGAAGAGCACAAGAAGAAGAGCGAUGAUCUCAACCGCAGCGGUGUCUUCUCGAUCGUGCGUCACCCCAACUACCUCGGCGAUACUCUGGUCCACUUCUCAUUCCCACUGCUCCUUGCUGCGAACGGCAUGUUCAACACGCUCAGUGUCGUAGGACCCUUGGCCAAUUACGUCUUCCUGCGCUUCAUUGGCGGCGACAAGCAGAAUGAGGAAUCCCAAGAGCAACGAUAUAAGACAGAAGCACCCAAGAAGUAUGCCCAGCUGGAGGAGUGGCGCGCAAACAAGAAUAGCUUCUGGCCUGCGAUGAGAGAAGUAACGAACCCUUGGUCACUUGCUCUGAUUGGAAUUGGCGCCGUCGGUGUCUUGGCUGAGCGUGGGCUCAGAAGAUUUAUGUUGGCCUAG